AGGUUUAUCUGAACAUGGAACGGAGAUAUAUUUGGGCGCUUUUCAUACUUUUGGCAAUUGUUUCCUCUCUUUUCCCUCCUCCAUCUGAGGCAUUGGUAAGAAUUGCGCUUAAAAAGCAUCCUUUAGAACUCAGCAGGAUCAGUGAAGCCAAAAUGGCUAGAUUGGAGGCAAAAUAUGGCGGCGGUAGGAAAGAACUGUCCGGUGAUACAGAUGGAAAUAUUAUACAUUUGAGUAAUUACCUGGAUGCUCAAUACUAUGGAGAGAUUGGGAUUGGUUCUCCACCUCAGAGAUUCAUAAUCCUCUUCGAUACUGGCAGUUCUGAUCUUUGGGUUCCAUCAGCGAAAUGCUACUAUUCUAUCGCCUGUUGGGUCCAUUCCAAGUACAAGGCAAGCAAGUCAUUGAGCUACACACAAAUAGGAACACCUGUCGUGAUUCGUUAUGGAUCUGGUUCAAUAUCUGGCUUCAUGAGUCAAGAUCAUGUCCAAGUUGGUAAUAUUGUAGUUCAAAAUCAAGUUUUCAUUGAAGCCGCAAGAGAAGGAGCUCUUUCAUUUGUGGUGGCCAAGUUUGACGGGAUACUCGGCCUUGGAUUCCAGGAGAUCUCCAUUGGUGAGAAUGUGCCAGUCUGGUAUAAUAUGUUGAAUCAAAAUCUUGUUCAUGAGAAAGUAUUCUCUUUCUGGCUUAAUCGCGACCAAAAUGCAAGAGAAGGAGGUGAGCUUAUCUUUGGAGGUGUAGAUUCGAAUCACUAUGUUGGACAGCAUACUUAUGUUCCUGUAACUAAGAAGGGGUAUUGGGAAUUUGAAAUGGGAGAUUUUCGCAUUGGAAACGUCUCUGCAGGCUCCUGUGAUGAAGGUUGUGCCGCUAUUGUAGAUUCUGGAACGUCCUUGCUUGCUGCUCCAACUGCUGUGGUUGCUCAAAUUAACCAUGCCAUUGGCGGAGAAGGAGUAGUAAGCGUGGAAUGCAAGGAACUGGUCUCACAGUAUGGUGACAUGAUGUGGGAUCUUCUUGUAUCAGGGGUACUACCUGACAGAGUGUGUGGACAGAUGGGUUUAUGCAAUUCUGUUACUGCUAAAAAUGAGAGUUCUUAUAUCAAGUCGGUGGUCGAUGUUGAGGAUACAGUUGGCGAUACCCCGAUGUGUACUGCUUGUGAAAUGGCUGUAGUUUGGAUUCAGAGCCAACUGAGACAGCAGGGAACAAAGGAGAAAGUACUUGAGUAUGUUAAUCAGCUCUGUGAUAGCAUACCAAGUCCCAGGGGAGAAUCUGUAGUUGACUGCAGUAGCCUAUCAAGCCUCCCAACCAUUUCAUUCACCAUCGGAGGUAGAGCUUUCGAGCUCACACCUCAGCAGUAUAUUCUUCAAACUGGAUCAGACAUCACUACUGUCUGCAUCAGUGGAUUCAUGGCUUUGGAUAUACCACAACCUCGUGGUCCUCUCUGGAUUCUCGGAGAUGUAUUCAUGGGGGUGUACCACACCGUGUUCGACUAUGGCAAUCUCCAGAUUGGAUUUGCAAAAGCUGCUUAGGUGUUUCUUUUCUUUUUUUGUUCCCCAUAAAUCUUGUAGUUGGUCGCGCGUUUAGCCAUCAGGUCCUCCUAAGAACGUAAAGUUGUGUUAGCUAAAGUUGCCUUGUUCGGCCUGCAGUCUGUACUUUCUUCUUGAUGCUCUAUGCUGGCUUGAUUUUUUGGUUGUAAAAGUGUGAUUUUUAUUUUAAUUCUACAAUCCCCCUUUUCUUUUAACAGUGUCUCUACCCUGGUUUUCUUUUUAAAGCAACUCUACCAUGAUUUUCUUACCAUUCGACUUCAGAAGAAUUUGAUACUUAGAUCUUGGUUGAGAAACAUCGAUAAUUCAUGAAGGUACUACUACAUCAUUUUUCUCCCAAGCUAAUUUGAAGCCUGAAGAUCUAUGAGUUGGUUAAAAGUCGUAAGCUGGAAAUAUAUAUGAAGUUUAUGCUUCCUAUUUUAUUUUGUCUCAAAUUGCAGAAACGUGU